CGAAGACAAAGCGUGGUGACCUUGGGCCACGGGGACGCGCUACCGAGCGCUUUCGGCGCCCCACCGACUCACCACGCAGAUUCUUAUAAAACCCACUGGUGGUUAUCAAAUGUAUGUCAGUCACGCACUACUAUCCCGCAGAAAAAAUGUUCGCCAAAAUUUUUGCUCUGGGAGCGAUGGUGGCUGCCGCUCAGGCUGGUCUUUUGGGGCACGGUGAUUACCACGGUGCUCACUACGCGGCGGCACCUCUGGCCCAUGGAUCUCUGGCUUACGACGCAGGUGCUCUGAGCCACGGCGCGACCCUCGCUCAUGCCUCAUCCCUCGCCCACGCUGCCCCUGUGCUCCACGCGGCUCCUGUAGUCCACGCCGCCCCUGUAGUCCACGCUGCUCCCGUGAUCGCCGCCGCACCUGUCCACGUUGGUGGAUAUGCUGGACAUGGACACGAGGAUUACUAUGCUCAUCCCAAAUACCAGUACUCUUACUCCGUGGAGGACCCUCACACCGGCGACCACAAGUCCCAGCACGAGAGCCGCGACGGAGACAUCGUGAAGGGUGAAUACUCCCUGCUCCAGCCUGAUGGCUCCUUCCGCAAGGUGUCCUACUCCGCUGAUGACCACAAUGGUUUCAACGCAGUAGUCCACAACUCGGGCCCCAGCCACCACGUGUACUCCUCCCAACAUCAUCAUUAUUAGAUCUCUGUUCAAUAGAAACGUUAAGAAACUGAAUGUACCUUAUUUAUUCUUGCUGUGAUCUUCAUUAAAUAUUGUGAUAAUAAUAAAAUUAUAUAAAAGUAA